AUGGAAGGAAUCAAAAUACUAAAGCUUUCAAUAUUUAUGAUCCAUCUCUUGUUACUUGAUUUUGGUGUUUGUGAAGUGUAUAGAGUUGGUGAUGGAAGUGGAUGGAACUCAGGCACGGGGACUAAUUUCCUCAGUUGGUCUCAAAAAUACAAUUUUACUGUUGGAGAUGUGCUAGUGUUUAAGUACUCGAAAGCGCAACACAACGUGAAAGAAGUAACCGAUGCAACCUACAGAUCGUGCAACGCCAGCAACGGUGUAAUCGCCAUUUACGAGAGUGGCAACGACGAAAUUAGGCUGACCGACGCAAAGAAGUACAAUUUCAUCUGCGACAAAGACAGCCACUGCAUCGGCGGCAUGAGAUUUUCCGCCACUGUUCUAGAAGCUUCUACAAGCAACAACACAACCCCCACGGGGCGCCAGCGCCCCCGAGUUCUGCUGUCUCGAUAA